AUGAGCAUACCCGGCAUCAUCUACGGAACGGCGUGGAAGAAGGAGCUAACCCAGGGUCUGGUCCUCAAGGCGCUGCAGGCUGGAUACUCUGCCAUCGACACCGCCUGCCAGCCCCGCCACUAUCGCGAGGAUCUCGUCUCCGAGGCCAUCAAGACGGCUGCAACGACUCUUGGCAUCCAGCGGAAGGACAUUUUUCUGCAGACAAAGUUCACUCCGCCGGGCGGUCAGGACCCGGAUACCACCCCUUACGACCGAAAUGCCCCUCUCGAGGAGCAGGUGCGCCAGUCCGUCGACCUCUCGCUGGCGAGGUUCCAGUACCUCGACUCGCUUGUCCUUCAUUCGCCUUUGCGCACGCACGAAGCCACCAUGAGGGUCUGGAGGGUGUUCGAGGAGUACCACCAACAAGGCGUCGUCCGCAUGCUCGGCAUCAGCAACAUCUACUCCCUCAAAGAUCUUCGACAGUUGUGGACCGAUGCCUCGGUCAAGCCCCGGGUUGUCCAAAACCGAUUCCACGAGUCGACUCAGCACGACCGAGAAAUCCGUCGAUUUUGCCGAGAGUACAACAUUGUCUAUCAAAGCUUCUGGACUCUGACUGGCAACCCGGAGGCAGUUCGUUCGGAGCCUGUCCGUCGGAUUGCCGCACAGCGCAACGCAACGCCAGAGCAGGUCUUUCUCAAGUUUGUCAUCCAGCUUGGGAUCACACCCCUGACCGGCACUUCGAGCGAGACGCACAUGCGACAAGAUCUACAGGUUCUGUCGUGGCCCGACUUGUCAAAAGACGACAUUGAUUGCAUCAGCGAGGUCUUUGGAGAGCCCAUCUAUUGA